AUGAUCCCUAUCACCUCGUCAUGGCCCUUCGAGCAGUGGGGAACUGAUAUCAUCGGCCCAUUCCCCAGGGUUCCAGGUAAUUAUGCCUACGUGGUGGUGGCCGUGGGCUAUUUCACCAAAUGGAUUGAGGCCGAGCCUUUGAGAAGCAUCAUCGGGGCUGCUGUUCAAAAAUUCUUUUGGAAGAGUGUGGUCUGUCGCUUCGCCUUGCCCCGGGUGGUCAUCUCGGAUAAUGGCGGCAGUUCGCGGAUAAUCCUUUCAAUGCAUGGUGUGAAAACUUGGGGAUUAAGCAGCAUUUCACAUCGAUUGGACACCCUCAGGCAAAUGGACAAGUUGAAAACUUUAACCGAACUCUCCUUCAUAGCCUCAAGACCAGGCUCCACCGGGCUAGAUCGUCAUGGAUGGAAGAGCUCCCCAGCGUGCUGUGGUCCUACCGGACUACGCCGAGAUCAGCAACCCAAGAGACCCCGUUUUCCCUAA